UAGAAGGUUUGAAUUUAGAAAGAAGAAGGCGUAGCUGCGCUAGCUAGGUUUCCUAUAUAGUGCGCGCCGGAGCUAGCUAGCCAUGGCCGUUAGAUCAUCAACCAUUUUGUUUUGGCUUUUAGCCUUAAGCGUUGCAUUUUGUGCCGUCACACUUUCUGUCUACUUCGGCGACCUUUUUUACACGGCCACCACCCCUAGCGGUGCUCCUCCCGCCGCAAGCAGAAAGAAAUGGCCCUGCUUUUCUGUUGGUUUCAGUUUUAUCCUCAAAAAGAUUGGCUUUGAAGAUCUGCUCUAUGCGGUGGACGUGGACCAAACUGCAAGCUCUAAACACCACCACCGCCACCACAGGCGGCGGCGGCGGAAGGCCAAGUGCGGAGACUUAACAUGGGACUCUGCUGGCAUCGUUUCCAUGUAUGGUGUCUCGAGGGUUAUCACUGUGGAUUCAAAGGGUUGUGGAAAUUUCAGCAGUAUAAAGAUGGCCAUUCAUGCAGUUCCUGAUCUCAGUCCUUCCAUAACACUCAUCAUAAUCAAUUCCGGCACCUACAGGGAAAAAGUGAUAGUGGGUAGCAAAAAGCAAAAUGUGAUAAUACAAGGAAAAGGUUACCACAACACUGCCAUAUCAUGGAACGACACUGCAAAUUCUACCGGAGGCACCACCAAUAGCUACACAUUUGCUGUAUUAGCCCCGAAUUUCAUAGCCUACAAUAUCAGCUUUCAGAACACAGCUCGAGCGCCACCAUCGGGCGAAUCUGGAGGCCAGGCUGUGGCCCUUAGUAUUCUCGGAGAUCAAUGUGCAUUUUAUGGAUGUGGGUUCUAUGGAGCUCAAGACACCCUUAAUGAUGAGAAAGGAAGACAUUAUUUCAAAGAUUGCUUCAUUCAGGGUUCUAUUGACUUCAUCUUUGGGAACGCCCGGUCAUUCUACCAGGAUUGCACAAUACACAGCAUAGCAGAAGAAGCAGCGGGCGGAGAGGUAAGUGGAUCAAUAACUGCACAUAGGAGGGGCUCGGAGGAAGAGGAAACCGGGUUCUCAUUCGUGAACUGUAACAUUGGUGGGAGUGGAAGGGUGUGGCUGGGGCGAGCAUGGGGGCCUUAUGCAACAGUCAUCUUCUCUUUGACGUACAUGUCCAGCGUAGUUUCCCCCGAUGGCUGGAACGAUUGGAACAACUCAACUAGAGACAAGACGGUUUACUUUGGGGAAUAUGAUUGCAGUGGACCGGGAGCUAGCUUCACAUAUAGGGCAUCAUAUGCAACUCAACUGGAUAAAUCUGAGGCUGCUCCGUACUUGACUACCUCGUAUAUUGAUGGUGAUGACUGGCUAUUUACCUCACCCAAUCCUCCAUCACAUCUCAAUCAAAUCCAUGCCCACGAAAAUAGUGACCUUAUAAUUGAUGUUUAGUGAAAAUGAUCUAUAUUUGUUGAAUGUACUCAAUUGAG